AUCUCCGAUAUCUGCAGUAAAAAUAAUAGAGUUGUCUCCCUUGUAUUGAAAUCCUGAAAGUUUACGUCACGUGCGUAAAUAACAAAUAUGGCGCAAGAUUGUUAUGGUUUUUCAACAGCAAUGAUAAUUGCAUUUACUUGAAUUAUAUGUGGACUCAACGUUGGAAUCAAGGAGAAUAAUGUCUUGGAAGUUUCCUUGGUCCGAAUUCGUGAAGAAAAGGGCAUGUAGAUACCUGCUACAGCACUAUCUUGGCCAUUUUCUAAAGGAAAAGUUGACUCUCGAUCAGCUGAGUGUCGAUCUGUAUAAUGGAACUGGGAAAAUUCGACAGCUCGAUCUUGACGUAGAGGCGCUGAAUGAGGUGCUGGACAACAGUAAUCUACCAGUCGAAAUUGUGGAUGGAUUUAUAGAUGAAAUAGCCGUGUCCAUACCAUGGACAGCCCUCAUCCAGAGCAGUACGGAGAUGGAGAUCCGUGGGCUCGAGCUGACUCUGCAGCCAAAACAGAGGAACAGCAGUGCCCAAGGCCUGGAGACUAUGUUUUGUAGUAUGAACAGUAGUAUGAGCACCAGUCUACAGAUAGCAGAGGAGUGUCUGAAGGAGGACCGAGGCAAACCUUUGAAAAGUCGCGAUGGCAGUCUUGGGGAUGACGGGGGCCAGCAGUUUGAAGGUGUUCAGAAGUUUGCUCAGACUAUUGAUUCAGUUCUUUGUAGGGUAAAAGUUACUUUAGUUGACACUGUGAUACGACUAGAACAUCUCCCGAACAGUGCUGAGACAGGUGUGGCGCUUGAAAUCAGGAUAAAAAGAAUGGAGUACUUUGAUGACAUGGCUGAGGGGUCAUCGGUAGACAACCCUGAGUUCACCAAGAAUUGGGAGCCAGCUGCAGUAGCCCACAAGAAUUUCCUGAUGGAAGGUUUACAUAUCCUGAUUGACCACUUCCCCCGUAACUCACGCCCUCACAGUAGUCACUCAGACUCUUCAUGCUCGUCACCUCAGAAUUAUGAAUCUGCCACCAGUUCCCCAUUAGGACCUCCCAGGAAUAUCAACCAAUCAUCUGAAUGUUCUGAAUCACCUGACCAGUGUGAACCAAUCCAAGUGGCUGUUGUUACAGGGAAAACAAGUUUGAAACUGAAAAUCAAGCAAGCUGAUUCUGUCACUGGACCAAAAUUGGAGACCGAGGUGGAGCUUGGUGCCCUACAUAUUCUGCUAGCUCCUAGACAAGUACACUCUCUACUGGAGAUCAUGGAAGGUCUUGUCUCUCCAGGUACCAAUGAAUCAGCCAAGAGACGUCAUCAAGGCAACCGGAACAAGCCGAUGUCAGAUGAGGACAUGCAAAGAAUUGAGAGAGAGCUCCAGCGCCAGAUGAUGGAGGGACGAGUCCAGUCUCACAAAAAACCCUCGCUAGAUUCAAGACCGUUGAUGGGCAUGCAUGACAUCAUGACCAGCUCAAUGGAUGAAGAAGAAUGCUACUUUUCUCUCAAUCCUGCUGGGAAAAGUAUAGACAUGGAGUCUUCAGUAUCCAGUAACUUUAGUUUGACCUCUAAUAGAACAGAAAGUACUGUGACAAGUCACCAACCUGGCCGAGUUCCCCGGAGAGAGCCCAGUCAUUACAAGUCAAAAGAUACCCUACAGAGGAUCCUGGACGAUCCGAGUGCAGAGCUGUGCCGUUACCACCUGAGAUUAACCUUCUUCACUAUCUCCAUCCUACAUGAGAAUCCACGCCCAGUUCUUGGUGAAAACAAUGAACAAUCACAGCAGAAAAAUAAGAUGAAGGGUAUUUCAGAUGCAUUCUUUAAACGUGUGUUCACUUUCCUUCCUGCUGGCAAGAGUGAGUUGAGAGAGAUGAGGAGACACUUUGCUGAAGCCCUACAUUGUGAUCAUCUGAGAUUUGUGGGGAAGCCGUUGAACCUGGAGUGUGUAGAGAAGACGGUGCCAACACAUUAUAGUACAACGAUAGACCUCACCAUCGGACUGUUUGAGGCUGUGGAAUGUUUAUUUGACCGCAGAAAUGAGAGCGUGAAACCAGAGUACACAGAGUUGCUGGUAUUUCAUCGAGAUGUGGCGCCAUCUCCAAUCCACUCCAGCCAGAUGUACAGUAGUAUGCAUGGUGGUGCCCCCUGUGUUAAGGCCACCAUCAAAAGCCUGGAACAGCUACGGGGGUCUCAGAAACCCAACAGUUUCCCUAAAACAGAGGUUAGUAUUGUGCUGGCACAGCUCGAGUCAGAGGUGGAUAUCACCAUUGUGGACAGAAUCAAUAGCCUAAUCAAACCCGAGCCAACCAGACGUCCCUACAGCACAAGUGUGGCCACCAAUAUAUCAGGCGGGAUGACAUCCUAUGCCCUGAGUCAGGCACUAGAUGAUGGUCCCGGCACCCAAGAGCACAAAUACGACCUACAGAUAUCCUGUCCUGCUGCCAAACUGUCUCUCAGAUUUCCCAUCCCUGACCUUCGACCCCUGUCCCAAGUAGACAAGUUGCCAUGGUGGCAGAAGAACUUGCGGGAUGAGAUCCUGAUCCUACAAAUGUCAGACGUGUUAUUCCAAACCAGCUUCCUGUCCUCACAGUCCAUCUCAGAGCUGGACAUCACCAGUCGGGAAAUUCAUGCCUUUUUUAAGAUCGACCCAAUCAAAGAAGAGCCUGAGCCGUUUGCCUUUGUGGGUGGUGAUGAGAAUGAGGAUGGGUGUAAUAACUUUCCGAGGCUGUCCAUCAAAGUCACCAACAAGACCACCUCGGUGCUGGAGGAGGAUCAGGUGGAAUCAGAAGAUAAUACGCCCCAGGAUUCUUUCAAUGGAGCAUGUCUGUUCACCAAGCGUGACCCGUCUCCUUUUUCCAACAAGAAGAACAUGUAUGGAAAAGAGGAAUACAGUGAAAAGGACCAAUCUACACAUGUCAGUGAGGAGAUGAUCAUGCCUGGUGAUCGGAGGGAGAUCCAGGAGUUCCAGGAAAAGUCACUUGGCAAUACACACAUGACCAUGGAGUUCUCCCUGCCCUUCGUCAACCUGUACAUUCCUGAUAAACACUUCUAUGAGGUUCUAUACAAUAGGAUAAACAGUGACUUGUUGCUAUGGGAACCAAUGGCCCCCUCACCUCUUCAGACACAUGACCCCUUAUUGGCUACAGCGACCUUUGACCUCAGCUGUUACCCAAAUGCCCUUCAGGAUUCCUUCCACAUGGCCAAGUCCGCUAUUAAGUAUGAGUCCUCAGAUGAGGAGGAUGACACAAGUUUUGGUUACUACAGUAUCCAUGACUCGCGUUAUCCACGACGGAAACCCACCAAGAAGGAACAGCCCAGUAAAAUGUGUCUGUCAGUGAAGAUAGACAAAGGCAAACUCACGGCUAUCACAAACUCUCAGGAAGAAAAGACACAUGGAGAGGUGGUAGUCCUACUUGAUGAUGCCAAUGUCUUCUCUGUAGUAAAUCACAAUGGUGACCCGAGCCUUCAAUAUGUCUGCUUCCUCAGUCACAAGGCAGAGCUCUACCACUCUGCUGCUGUGAAUGAUGUGUUUAAAGAUAAGGUGGUCAGUCUAACACGGGAGGAUGUAAGUAGGGUUGCUGACCACCUCCGAGACCACAGACUGAUAUACAAGACUGACUCUGGUGUCAUAGCCAAGUCCAUGGAUACAUCUUAUGAUAUGGAUACCAAUGAUAUGGUGUCCGUUGCUGUCAAAAUCAAACUUGAUUCUACACCAAUCAGUGACUUAACAAAGGACGAAAAGAUAAAGGAGUUUCUUGUGUCUGUGGGAAUCAGAGGUGGAACUCUCCGACACAAAAUGGCGGCAGCAGAUCAGAGCUGGAUUUCACAGAUACUGGCGCUCCUAGAUGUGAAGGACUAUGAUAUACUGGGCUAUACGAUGGCGAAAGUUUUGACCGAGCUUCAUGUACAUCUGUGGGACUGUGCUGUUGAUUACAGACCGCUCCACAUCAAAACAAAUGCAUUGUUAAUGGCAGAGAGUUUCAGUAUAUCCAGCAACAUCAUAGCCGAAUCUCCUACCUCACUACUUAGAUUUGUUUUGGAUGAUGCAUCCCUGUUUUUAUCCCAAAAACAUGUGAACGUGAUUCCAAACUUACGAAAAGAUUAUGUGUGUGUGGCUGACUUGGAGAGGUUUGAACUAUCACUGCGAUUCAACGACGGCAAGGAUUUGAAAUUCCCUAAGACAGAUUUAAAGGUUCUGACAAACCGACUUAACCUGCGGACCUGUUCUGACUCCUGUAAGGCUUUGAUGGAACUAAUUCAGUACUUUGCCAGUGAUGGAGAUCUGUACGCCCGGGAAGGGACACCUAGUCUAGGGGACAGUACUCAGGACCUGGUGGUCGGCGAUGAACUGCAGGAUUCUGCUACAGAGGAUGUUGAUGCUGUAGGUCUGACUGUAUCUCGCCAGGGACAUCUGGAGACUUUAGUCGAGGAUGCCAUGUUAGAGUCUCAACAGACAGCAAAUCUCCCAGAGAAUGCUUCACCAUCCUCUACCACCCAGGUUUACUUUGUUACCAAUGGUGGAGCUACAUCACAGCCAGUGCCACCUGCUGGAGGAAUCCGGCCAAUCGUGAUAUCCGAUAGUGCUGAUUCGUUUGCAAGCAGUGCUUUAUCAGAGAGAAUGGAGGUGAUGAGUGAUGAUGAAGAGUUCUGCGUUAUUGAUGAUCCAGGACUUGGUAUCAUGCCACGAGAUGGUGAGCCUUCUAUUCGAGUGUUGGUGACGGACCCUAUAGAGAUUAAGGAAAAUUUCUUCAGUCAGCCUCUUGGUCGGACUGACCUGUUGAAGUCACCUGACCAUUACCCAAUGGCAGAGCAGAGGUACACUCUAAAGGAAAUGACUCUGGUCUGGUACAUGUAUGGAGGGAGUGACUUCAGGCCCAGUAACCCUGACAACACACAAGAAAAAGAAGUUGUGUAUUCUACAAGAUCAAAAGAUCAUGGUGAUGGCUCACCCCUCCUAGGCAUGCGGUACACAACUAAGUCCAGUACAGAGACUGUCAACAGGUCACCCUGGCAAUCCCGUGGUGGACCAGGCCGAGACACUGCAACCCUUAUGGAGCUCCAGCUCACCAAGGUCCAGAUGCAGCAUGAAAAGUACCCCAGUAACACAGAGCAGGCCUCCAGACAGAUUCUCCUCAUUAAUGACCUUGAACUGCGGGACCGCCUCUCCAGCUCAAAUAUCAACAAAUUUCUGUACCGCUACUCCUCGGAGAGCAUGCCCAGACAGUCAAAUGCCAACAUGCUUUUAGUGAAAGCCAUUCACACACGCCCCGACCCCACGGUGAGGGCAGAGGAAUGUGCCCUCCGUAUCUCCGUUCAACCUCUCCGACUCAAUGUUGACCAGGAUUCUCUUGCCUUCCUGAAAAUAUUUUUCACCGAGGUGUCUGGAGGAGGAGGGGGUCAUUCUACCCCCAGUCCUUCCCCUCCCAUGUCAGAUGCCAAGCCGAGGUCAAGGUCAACCCCUGGGACCAAUGCUCCCUCUCCUCCUCCACCUGUAAUGGUUGUCGGUCAUCCAGAGGUCGUUGAAGAGGAAACUGAUCCACAAGAACUGCUCAUGAGAUUUGAUGAACUACAGGAAGAACGUAUUGGAGGGGAGAUAACUAUGGAUGACUCUAUUCCAGACAAUGAUAAUGCAUCAACCGAGGUUGUGGAGGAGACACCUUAUCAGCCAGUAUUCUUUAAGUCUUUCAUAUUUUCACCUGAUGUGCCAAUUAGAUUAGAUUACACCGGAAAGAAGAGAGUUGACAGAGAACAUGGUGCCCUAACUGGGCUUUUAGCAGGGCUGGCCCAGCUGAAUUGUUCUGAGCUGAAAUUGAAAGGAAUUAAUUAUCAGCAUGGGUUGCUAGGGUUUGACCGUCUUCUCCAGUACGCGGCCAAUGAGUGGCUAGCUGACAUUAGGAAGAACCAGCUUCCAAGCAUACUUGGUGGCGUGGGACCUAUGCACUCCUUUGUCCAGCUAGCCCAGGGCAUGAAGGAUCUAUUUUGGCUGCCAGUUGAACAGUACAGGAAAGAUGGACGCAUUGUCCGUGGUAUUCAGCGUGGGGCCAGUUCAUUUACUACUUCCACAGCCAUGGCCGUGCUGGAACUAACCAACAGAGUGGUCCAGUCUGUACAGUAUGUAGCUGAGGUGACCUUUGAUAUGGUAUCACCUGGACCAAGUGUACGUACAAAAGGACUGCGGAGAAGAAAGAAAUAUGGACGUUCUGGGCAGCCAGCUGAUCUGAGAGAAGGAAUGACCAAUGCGUAUAUUGUAUUGAAGGAGGGUUUCUCUGACACAGCCCAGAAUAUUGUGAUCAUGGCAUCUAAAGAACAUGAACAGAAGGGUGUAACUGGAGCCAUGGGAGGUGUGAUUCGUCAGAUUCCACCAACAGUUAUCUCCCCUCUCAUUAUUGCCUCUGAGGCCACUUCCAAUGUACUAGGUGGGAUGAGGAACCAAAUCAAACCGGACGCACGUAAAGAGGACGAGGAAAAAUGGAAGUCUGAGUUUAUCAGUUAACACCUUGACAUCCUGAAUUAUAUACUUUGGUACCACCGUAAUGGUUAUAAGGUGUGGUCGACUGCUUCAUUGUUACAGGGUGAGCCGAUGGAGGAAUGGUUGUUUCUGUGGAUGUUGAGGGAGGUAGAAUGUGAAUUAUUUGUGUUCUGCUUAGAGUGGAGAAGUGAGAAAAAUACAUAAUUAAAAAAGUUGCUA